CUGCACCUGCGCUACCCCUUCCGGUUCCCGGGCUCGCGUGACGCAGGCGCUUAGCCCGACAGAGGUGGAACCGUGUCACUUGUGGAAUCCAGAGGUGGAACCCUGCACCUACAUCUGGUCCACUGACCGUGGCAGCUGAUUUGGGGUCUUGUUCUGGGCGGUGAAGACGCGGAUCCGCAGCUGGCGUGUCGCGGUCGCCGGGCAUGAGGCCGGGACCUAGCCAUGGAGGAAGGCGGCUCCCGCAUCCGCCGGCGUGUGUCUGCCCGCAAAAGGAAUCGUAGCUUAGAGGGCAUCUGUGCCUCUCCCCCCGCGACCCAGUCCCUGACCGGCGCCGACCAGGAGGAGGAAGCGGGGGCCGGGAGCCGGCGACGAAAAACUGUGGGCCUGGAGCCCGGCCAGCAAAGUGACAGUGAAGAAGACAUGUUUGGUGACAGCUAUACAGAAAACUCCUUUUUAGCUCAAGUUGAUGCCCUAGAACAGAAAUAUAUGCAAUCUCCUGAACAUAGGAAACAUGUUACAGACUUUGCCACCGAAGAUCUUUGUUCAGAAAGCAUCCAAAACAAACUUGGUAUUACUGCUGUAAGCAACUUGUCUGGGUCUAAAAUGAAUGAGGAUGCAAAGAACCAGAUUGGCCAUGAUGUCCCUGUUGAACCUGGAGAUGGUCUUCUGUUUGAAGUGCCAUCUUCUCAAGUCUUAUAUUUUGAACAUUUGCAGAACACUUCAAAUGAUUUGGGUCAUCAGUCUACUGAAGAAAGAGACAGGAACUCACACAAGACAGCAGAUGAAGACUUGUCCUGUACUCGACUAGAACAGCCCCAGCAAAAUGAUGAAUUCACUUCUACAGUCAAGGAUACUUCAGAGAUGAGUAGGACAAAAAGUGUAAAGGAUCAUCUGAAAAGUGCCAUGACUGGGAAUGCCAAAGCCCAGACACCAGUAUUUUCUAGGAGUAAACACUUCAAAGAGACGCUCCUGUCUGAAGAAAUUAGUGUUGCUAAGAGAGCAAUUGAGUCGUCAUCAGAUGAUCUUGGUCCUUUUUAUUCACUUCCCAGCAAAGUGAGAGACCUUUAUGCUCAGUUCAGAGGAAUUGAAAAGUUAUAUGAGUGGCAACAUACAUGUUUAACAUUGGGUUCUGUACAAAAAAGAAAAAAUUUAAUAUAUUCCUUGCCAACAAGUGGUGGAAAAACUCUUGUGGCUGAGAUUUUAAUGCUACAAGAACUACUUUGCCGAAAGAAAGAUGUUUUAAUGAUCCUUCCAUAUGUGGCAAUUGUCCAAGAAAAGAUUUCAGGUUUAUCAAGUUUUGGUAUAGAACUCGGUUUCUUUGUUGAAGAAUAUGCUGGAAGCAAAGGAAAAUUUCCUCCAACUAAAAGAAGAGAAAAGAAAUCACUAUAUAUUGCCACUAUUGAAAAAGGGCACAGCCUGGUGAACUCCUUGAUUGAAAGUGGAAGGAUUAGUACUUUGGGUCUGAUUGUGGUAGAUGAGUUGCACAUGAUUGGCGAAGGGAGUCGUGGUGCUGUCCUGGAGAUGACCUUGUCAAAAGUCCUCUACACUAGCAAAACAACUCAAAUUAUUGGUAUGAGUGCAACGCUAAGCAAUGUUGAAGACCUACAAGAGUUCCUUAAAGCCGAGUAUUACACCAGUCAGUUUAGACCAGUUGAAUUAAAAGAAUAUCUGAAAAUAAAUGAUACAAUAUAUGAAGUAGACAGCAAAGCUGCAGAUGGCUUGACUUUUUCACGGCUCAUUAAUUAUAAGUAUUCUGAUGCCCUGAAAAAAAUGGACCCUGACCACUUGGUAGCAUUGGUGACAGAAGUGAUUCCCAGUUAUUCCUGCCUAGUUUUUUGUCCCAGUAAGAAGAACUGUGAAAACGUAGCAGAAAUGUUAUGCAAAUUUUUAAGCAAAGACUGUCUAAAGCACAGAGAGAAAGAAAAACAUGAAGUGAUUAAGAACUUGAGGAACAUCAGCAAUGGCAACAUGUGUCCUGUCUUGAAGCGCACCAUCCCUUUCGGAGUUGCCUAUCACCACAGUGGUUUAACAAGUGAUGAAAGGAAGCUCCUGGAGGAGGCCUAUUCCACCGGUGUUCUCUGCCUUUUCACCUGCACAUCCACCCUGGCAGCGGGGGUCAACCUCCCAGCACGAAGAGUUAUUUUAAGAGCUCCCUAUGUUGCUCAAGAAUUCUUAAAGAGGAAUCAAUAUAAACAGAUGAUUGGCAGGGCUGGCCGUGCUGGAAUAGAUACUGUAGGGGAGAGUAUCCUUAUAUUGCAAGAAAAGGACAAGGAACAGGUCUUGGAACUAAUAAACAGACCACUGGAAAACUGCUAUAGCCAUCUUGUUCAGGAAUUCACUAAGGGAAUCCAAAGUUUGUUUCUUUCUUUAAUUGGUUUGAAGAUUGCAACAAAUCUUGAUGACAUAUAUCAAUUUGUGAAUGGUACGUUUUUUGGUGUUCAGCAAAAGGUUUUACUGAAAGAAAAAAGUCUCUGGGAAAUAACUGUUGACUCACUUAGAUACCUGACAGAGAAAGGACUCCUGCAAAAGGACUCUCAAAAUUCUGAAGAAGGGUCACAUUGUCAUUUUCACAUUACAAAACUAGGACGAGCUUCCUUUAAGGGAACUAUAGAUUUGGCUUAUUGUGACAUUCUAUAUAAAGACUUAAAGAAAGGUCUUGAAGGCCUCGUUCUUGAAAGCUUUCUUCACCUGGUCUACCUAGUAACUCCCUAUGAUGUUGGUUCUCAGUGUAACCCUGAUUGGAUGGUAUACUUCAGACAGUUCAAUCAACUCAGUCCAGCAGAGCAAACUAUAGCUGCUUUUCUUGGCAUCUCUGAAAGCUUUAUCGGGAAGAAAGCAGCAGGGCAGGCCAUCAGGAAGAAUGUGGACAAGGGCAUUAUCAACAGACUCUAUCUAUCUUUUGUUCUUUAUUCCUUAUUGAAAGAGAACAACAUUUGGAGUGUAUCUGAAAAAUUUAAUAUGCCCCGAGGAUAUGUACAAAAUGUGCUCACGGGAGCUGCCUCCUUCGCGUCUUGUGUGUUGCAUUUCUGUGAGGAACUGGAGGAGUUUUGGGUUUAUAGAGCCCUUUUGGUAGAACUUACCAAGAAGUUAACAUACUGUGUUAAGGCGGAGCUAAUCCCACUCAUGGAAGUGACCGGGGUCUUAGAGGGUCGAGCGAAACAGUUAUACAAUGCGGGUUACAAAAGUCUAAAGCACUUAGCGAAUGCCAAUCCAGAAGUGCUAGUAAGGACAAUUGAUCAUCUGUCAAGACGCCAGGCCAAGCAAAUUGUUUCUUCAGCAAAGAUGCUGCUGCAUGAAAAAGCAGAGGCUUUGCAAGAAGAAGCUGAGGAGUUACUGAGAUUGCCUCCCGACUUCCCUGGCAUGGGGGACUCUGCCACCGAACAGGCAUGAAGCUGGACUUGAGAUCCAGCCCCAUGCUAGGGCACUUGCUUAGAGUGAGUGAGGCCCUGGGUUCAAGUCUCACUAUCUCCAAGAAAAAAACAAAAUCUAAAGGAGUAAUUGUAAGGUGGCAUGCACACCUCUAGCUCCAGCACUUGGGAGAUGGAGGCAGGAAGAUCAGGAGUGAAGUGUUCAACUACAUAGAGAGUUGGAGGCCAGCCUGGGCUACAUGAGACCUUGUCUUAAAAAAAAAAAAAAAAAAUUGAAGGCAAAAGCAUGAAGCUGUCUGAUACAUGUUUUCAAAUUUGAGUUAUUUAUUGUAUAUAUAUUUCAUUAAAUAUUCCUUCUAUUUUAUAAAUGAAAAUAUUUUUAAUUAUAUAUUAAA